UGCGCGGCCGCUAGUGGUGGAUGCGGCUCUCCUGUGUUGCGUGGGAUGGACUUCUCAAAAGUCCUGCUUUCGACACAUUCCCCUGGAUUAUACUUAAGCGCCUCCGCCAAGAAUUAAGCUGCUGAUACAUCCAGAUUUACAAUAUCGCACCCGAGCGAUCCAGACGUUUCUGCACAGCUGGCUUGAAGGCGAAAGGCAUCUGCGAGAAGGUACCUGCGUCCGAGAGUUUAAGCGGAGCUGCAAGGUGCGGGAGAAGCUUGUAGAUUCUGCAACAUUUGUGGCACUUCUUCUUGAAGGGCUUCAACUUUUGGCGGAUUGCCGCUGUUGCUUUUAACCGUGGGAAUCUGAGCAUCGAUAAGGCCGUUUUUGGACCCGCUCAUAUGAUGCGUUGCUGAAAAUUAACUUAACGCAAGACUGACCUACAGGGAUAAAGCCUUCAUCUGGGAGACAGAGUACCCCUCGAUAAUGUGACGCGCUGUAAGCGCUGACGUGAACUGCAGGAAGAACGCUGGAAAAGUGAUUUGGUGCUCGGCAUGGCACCUUAACACUCUCCGCACAGCUUGGUAGUUUAAAGUCUAAGAUGAAGCCGUUAGCGCUUUUGUGUGGGGGCACCAUGGGACUUCUGUGGAGCUGCCUGGGCUUCCUGCACUCCGUUCACUGUGGCUGGGGGGACAACCAUGUGCAUUCAAGUUUUAUUUACAGGAGGUUGCGCAACCACGAACGGAGAGAGAUCCAGAGAGAGAUCCUGUCCAUCCUGGGCUUACCGCACCGGCCGCGGCCGUUUUCUCCGGGCAAACAAGCAUCAUCGGCACCCCUCUUCAUGCUUGACCUGUACAAUGCCAUGUCCACCGAAGACGACGACGGGAUACUGGACGGCCCCGGAAAGGGCUCCCUGGAAAGGAGCCAGGGAAGUUCUCGCAGAGGUCACUAUGGGUCCUCACAUGGCUACUCCCGUGCACCUCAGCCGUACCGCGCAGCCCCCCUGACCAGCCAAAGUCCCCCCCUGGCCACUUCACAUGAUACCAAUUUUCUCAACGACGCCGAUAUGGUUAUGAGCUUUGUCAAUCUAGUUGAGAGAGAUAAAGAUUUCUCACACCAGCGAAGGCACCACAAGGAGUUCCGCUUCGACCUGACCCAGAUCCCGGAUGGGGAGGCAGUGACAGCCGCCGAGUUUCGGAUUUACAAAGACCGCAGCCAUGCCCGCUACGAGAACGCCACCCUGAAGGUCAGCAUUUACCAGGUCACCAAAGAGUACCCGAACAAGGACGCAGAGACGUUCCUGCUGGACUCCAAAAAGGUCAGAGCUUCUGAUGGAGGCUGGCUGGUCUUUGAUAUCACAGCAACCAGCAACCACUGGGUCCUUAACCCCCAGCAGAACAUGGGCCUGCAGCUCGUCGUGGAAACCAUGGAUGGCCGGAGCAUCAACAGCAAGUCGGCCGGCAUGAUCGGGAGGAGCGGCCCGCAGGCGAAGCAGCCCUUCCUAGUAGCGUUCUUCAAGGCCAGUGAAGUGCUGCUGCGCUCAGUGCGGGCGGCGGGGGGCAAGCGCAAGAACCAGAACCGAAACAAGUCCGCAGGCCAGCAGGGCACCUCGAGGGCGGUGAAAGGAGGAGACCAAAACACCAGUGAACAGAAGCAAGCCUGCAAGAAACAUGAACUCUAUGUCAGCUUCCGCGAUCUGGGAUGGCAGGACUGGAUUAUCGCACCUGAGGGUUAUGCUGCCUUUUACUGCGACGGAGAAUGCUCGUUCCCACUCAACGCACACAUGAACGCCACCAAUCAUGCCAUCGUGCAGACGCUGGUCCAUCUGAUGUUUCCUGACAAUGUUCCCAAGCCAUGCUGCGCCCCCACCAAGCUGAACGCCAUAUCGGUGCUUUACUUCGAUGACAGUUCGAAUGUGAUCCUGAAAAAGUACAGGAACAUGGUGGUCAGGUCAUGUGGGUGUCACUGACCGGCUCCCUCACGUCUGUUUGUCAUUGGAAAACAUUUCAGCGUCUGCAUGCUUAAUCUGAGAUGUCAUGCACAGUGUUAUGUAUAUAUUAGUUCCUUGAGCUUAUUUAUUGUCCCUGUUUCUGUGAUAACACCCCCCUCCCGUUUGAAAGCCAGCGUUGAGCCCUCAAGCCCCCCCCCCCCACCUUUGUGGUAUGAGCCGUCUUGUGGGCUUGCGGAAGCCAGCUAUGGAAUUUGUGUGUGAGGUCACGGUGCCUCGCUCUGUACACACGGGGGUCACCUUUCACCCCUUCAGGACCAUAAACUCAGAGCUCUUCUUUACAAUGUUGCUUGAUUCAUUCCGAACCCCCCGGCCUCAUUUCCCAGAAUGUGAGUGCAGGAUUUUACUGGACGUGCAUUCAGACUUCAGACUGCAGUCAUGGAUCCCAAGAGAAUCAUGAAAAAGAGAAACAGACCUUAAAUUAAUUAUUCACAUUAUUAAUUAAUAAAGAUUAAUUAAAUCUGCCCUUGCAGAUCUCGGAAGCUGAUAUUGUACAAUACAGGAAAUGUUUAUGCUACCAAAUAUUAACUUUUACUGUAAUGAUGGUGCCGAAAAACACAACAAAGGGAUAUUACACAUGUGAAUCCCAUAGGCUCAGAACAGCCAAUAACAGAGCACUGGGUCAUGUGACCUGGAGGGACACCUGGUACUGCUGGGAAAGGUGUGCUUCUGGUUAGCUUCAUUUAGUGAUUUAGCAACCGGAAUAUUAAUAUAGACUUCAUAUGUAUUAAAUAGUGCUAAAAGCUGUACACACAUGACUUUGUGAGCUAGCAAUGCUUAGCUUUCUCAGUUAGCACAGGCACUGGGUGAGAUAGAUAUUUACAACAUAAUUUUGCAGUUAUUGCCUUAUUUGAGCAGCUAAUAUCCAAAUGUAAAGCUGGCUAAGUGAUCAUUUGUUAAGCGGAUCUUAGUUCUAAGGAGAGAAUAGCUGGAUGAUAAAGAUAUUUAUCGCAAUCUGUCCUUUGCACCUAUUAGCAGAUACCUACAGAGGUUUGGUAACCAGUGGCUUAUUCAUUAAAAGGGUUUCCCAUGAGCCUUACAAGAACUGGGGUUCAGGACAGAGCUGGCAGCUGGCUGUGGUUUGAUAUUAGGAUGGCUGCAGAAUUUGGCAGGGUCUCAAGGCUCAUGUGAAAUGUGCUGGGGCUUUCACAGGAAGGCCUGGGGCUUUCGAAAAACAUGCAGGAACUUUCACAGGAAGGCCCAGGGCUCACGCAGGACGUGCAGUGGCUUUCACAGGAAGGCCUGGGGCUUACGCAAAACAUGCAGAAACUUUCACAGGAAAGCCUGGGGCUUACGCAAAACAUACAGGAACUUUCACAGGAAGGCCUGGGGCUUAUGCAAAACAUGCAGGAACUUUCACGGGAAGGCCUGGGGCUCACGCAAAACAUGCAGGAACUUUCACGGGAAGGCCUGGGGCUCACGCAAAACAUGCAGGGGCUUUCACGGGAAGGCCUGGGGCUCAAGCAAAACAUGCAGGGUUUUUCAAGGGGUGACCUGGCACUGCCGCAAUGAAGGUGAAAAUGACCUCUGGCAUCCACACACGCUUGAGCGGCUGAAGUCUGCCUCCCUGGUGGGGAAUUGGGUCCAAAGGGCCAAAAGCCAGCCGAAUGACCCGUAGCCUGGAAAUACGUGCACAGCAAGGCCAAGGGCAGCGAUGCAGCAGACUGUCAGCCAUUUUCAGGGCACCUUAACUGUACAUUUUUAAAACCUGCAUGCUGUCCCUGUCAGGUGUUGCUUGGUCUGUGUGUUCUUUGGGUUUAACCUAAAAAUAAGGGCUUGGUCUUUGCCUUCCUACGGAGCUCCUAAAGGGACAGGGUUGGAAAAUGUUAUUAACAGUCUGAUGUUUUCUCGAGUCCCAUUGCAAAAAUCUAAUGGAUUCCCAUCUAUCUAUCUAUCUAUCUAUCUAUCUAUCUAUCUAUCUAUCUAUCUAUCUAUCUAUCUAUCUAUCUAGUCUGUCUGUCUCUGUCUGCCUGUCUGUCUGUCUGCCUGUCUGUCUGCCUGUCUGUCUGCCUGUCUGUCUCUGUCUGUCUGUCUAUCUAUCUAAGCAAUCUGAGCUACAUGAAAGCCCUCCUUUUUUCUCCACAGCUUUCACACUGAAUCUUUCUCGUGGUGCUCCAUGCCCCGGUUUCAUUGUGAAGUUUUGCAUUGGCAGAGCUAUCGAAUCACCUCCACUUUCAUAGUUAGUCCCCUUCAACAUUGUGCUGCUCCUAUUUUAUAUGAUGUUUUUAAAAACAGGAACUGUGACUUUUUUGCUGUUGCUUGCUCCUGUACACAGCCGCACAGGGGGCACAGGAAACAGGGGGUUAGGGGUCAAGUACCCUCCAAUAUUUAAUCUGGAUUAAUUCAUCCCCCCAAAUAAAUGAAGCUUAAUAUUUAAUAAUUUUCAGUUGUGUCCCCCCAGUACCAAAUUCUCUGCUACACUGUUGCACAGAUAUUGUAUUAAUGCUUUUAUGUAUUUAUCAUACAGCUUCAUGCAACACUGUGGCAAUGCAAAGCGGGAUGUCAGUUACUGUUGCCAGGGAACACAAUUACAAUUGUGAGGGAACGCAAAAUAAUUUCGAGAGAACGCAGAACUGUUGUGGGGGAACGCAAUAAUUUUCCGAGGGAAAGCAAAAGUGUUUCAAAAUAUUUUUUUCUGAUCUUGUCCCUUUAGGGGCUCCGUACCUCACUAACAUAACCGCAGCUGAUCCUUCUUUGUGCAGAGCAUUAACAUCCAGUGCAUUCCAGGCUGCAGAUCUCCCCUCUGCCUAAGACCUGCUAAUUACUUAUUCGAGUUUGGCUUGUUUGGCUGUUCUUACCAGCAGGAUAAGACUGGAAAGGACCUUUCUAAAGUCUCAAUUUGAUUUUUUCUGUUGUCAAACCCUUCAGUGGGCCUGUCGGUCAUUUACCUUUUUGUUGUUCUUUUGCUAAUUAUUUUAAUCGUUAAGGGCAUUUAUCUGUUUCAUAAACCACUCAAGCAAAGCUUGUGUUUGCUGCUACGUUUUAUGCCAUGUGGUCAGAAUUUCAUACUGGAGGAUAUAGUCACCGUUACCGUGGUAAUACUAUGUAAUUUAUGUUUUGGAUGUUGUUCAAGGAGCUGCUAUGACUUCAUUGGAAAUGAGUGAUUCUUGCAGAGCUGGAGAUUUCAGGUCCAAGGAAUACAAAUCCAGACCAAGAUUUUGUUUCAACCAACCAGUUGAGUAUAAAGAGUCACAUUGACAGAGUACUCAGCUGGAUGGUUGAAACAAAAUUUUGGUCAGGAUUUGUACUCUCUGGACCAUCUCCACCUCUGGAUUUCUGUGCCUUCAUCCAGCAAAGUGAGUUCAUUUACUUGAAGGAUGGGACCCAACUGAAGAAGGAUGUUUCUGGAGAUUUCUGGGGUUACAAAGGUGCCAGCUGAAUUUAUCCCGAUUUUAAGGACCACUUCUGUGAAAAAGACGUUUGCAUCUCAAGUGGGCCCCACCCCUGUAUUACAUCAUUCUUCUGCUCCUUUACAGAUAUGAGGCUGAUGAUAUUUACAUGUUAGCUAUCAGGUCUCAGAGUUUUGCAUUAUACAAGGUGGUUAUUUCUGUAGUAUCAUUAGCUGAUUAUGUGUGUUAUGUAAGACAAUUAAAUCUGAAAGGUACAUCCCACAGUCAUGCUGUUGAAUAUAAAAAAUAUAAAAGUUUUAUUUGUACCAUCCAACAUACAGUUUGAAAGUAGAAGAGAUCUCUGUUAGUGCCAGUAUUUAUAUAGAUUUUGAUAUUUCACGUCCUAUUAAAAUAUUUUAACCAUACUUUGUCAUUAAGGCAGUAGAACUUGUAUUUUUGUUAAUGUAUGGUUAGUUUCUCUGUAGAGUCUCAUAAAACAUUGGUAACUCGAGUAAUAUAUUUUGAGAAAUAAAGACGCA